CCGGCGCUGGAAGCGUUCGUUCCCGUUCCCGUUCCCGUUCCCGUUCCCCUUACCCUUCCCCUCCAGUCACCAGGAAAACCCUAGAGAACUUUUUUUCUCUUUCGCUCCGAUUUGGGGAGUUUCUUUGGCGAUGGGGGAGAGCGUGCGGGAUUUUGAGCUGCGCGAGUAUUUCCCGGCUUGGGCCAGGAGCGCUUCCGAAUGCGAGUUGGAGCUCUCUGUGUCGGCGGAUGACGGCCUCGAUUCCGAGCAGGUGUCGUGGCGGCGCGAAAUCUACGGUUGGAACGAGCUGGAGAAGCACCCCGGGCCUUCGAUUUGGCGGCUCAUCCUCGACCAGUUCAGGGACACCCUUGUGAGGAUCCUGCUCGGCGCUGCGGUUGUGUCCUUCUUCCUGGCUUGGUUCGACGGAAACCUUGGCGAGGCCGGGAUCGCGUCUUUUGUCGAGCCUUUGGUCAUCUUCCUCAUCCUCAUCGUGAAUGCUGCGGUCGGCGUGUGGCAAGAGAACAAUGCGGAGAAGGCCCUAGAGGCGUUAAAGGAGAUCCAGUCCGAGCACGCGACGGUCAAGAGGGACGGUGAAUGGAUCCCUAAUUUGCCUGCUAGGGAACUCGUACCUGGAGACAUCGUCCAGCUGCGGGUCGGCGAUAAGGUGCCCGCGGAUAUGAGAGUGUUCCACCUAAUAAGCUCCACCUGUAGGGUCGACCAGGGAUCAUUGACUGGGGAGAGCGCUGCAGUCAAUAAAACCAAUAGAUCGGCCAUCUCCGAAGAUACCGACGUCCAGGGAAAAGAAUGCAUGGUAUUCGCCGGCACAACCGUUGUCAAUGGCAGUUGCGUUUGCUUAGUUACCCAGACGGGAAUGGACACCGAAAUUGGCAAAAUACACUCACAAAUUCACGAAGCUUCGCAGUGCGAUGACGAGACUCCUUUGAAGAAGAAAUUGAACGAGUUCGGGGAGCUACUCACGACGAUAAUUGGCGUUAUCUGCGCAUUAGUUUGGCUUAUUAACGUGAAGUACUUCUUUACCUGGGAGUAUGACAAUGGAUGGCCUUGCAAUUUCAGGUUCUCAUUCGAGAAAUGCACCUACUACUUCAAAAUUGCUGUGGCCUUGGCGGUUGCUGCCAUCCCGGAGGGUCUACCGGCGAUAAUUACAACUUGCUUGGCGCUAGGAACACGGAAAAUGGCACAAAAGAAUGCUCUUGUAAGAAGGUUGUCCAGCGUUGAAACAUUAGGAUGCACAACAGUUAUAUGUUCUGAUAAGACUGGCACACUCACUACUAAUCAGAUGUCGGCAGUAAAGAUUGUGGCAAUGGGCCACCAGACUGAUAGCCUGAGGGCAUUCAUCGUUGAGGGGACAACAUAUGAUCCCGAUGAUGGAGAAAUACAUGGUUGGCCAGCUGAUAAAAUGGACGAGAACCUUCAGAUGAUUGCCAAGAUUGCUGCCGUUUGCAAUGAUGCCAAUAUCUCACAGUCAGCACACCAAUUUGUUGCCACUGGAAUGCCUACUGAAGCUGCUUUGAAGGUUCUGGUGGAGAAAAUGGGAAUUCCUAGUGAUUUCUCUACUCUAUUGCAGGAAUCUUCUAUCUUACUACGAUGCUGUCAUUGGUGGAAUGGGAUUGCACGCAGGAUUGCAACUCUUGAAUUUGACAGAGUCCGAAAAUCAAUGGGUGUCAUUGUUAAUUCAGAGUUGGGAAACAAUUCAUUGCUAGUGAAGGGAGCUGUGGAAAAUUUGUUGGAGAGAAGUUCUUAUAUUCAGUUGCUUGAUGGAUCCGUAGUGCGUUUGGAUGAGAGUUCAAGAAAUCUUGUCCUAGAAGCACUUCAUGAGAUGUCAACCAAUGCCUUGCGCUGUAUAGGUUUUGCAUAUAAGACUGAUCUAUCUGAAUUGGCUACAUAUGAUGGUGAAGAUCAUCCUGCUCAUAGAUGUUUACUUGACCCAUCUAACUACUCAUCUAUUGAGAGUGAUCUCACCUUUGUUGGUUUUGUUGGACUGAGGGAUCCUCCUCGUGAAGAGGUUCGUGAAGCAAUUAAAGAUUGUAGAGAGGCAGGCAUCAGAGUCAUCGUGAUAACUGGUGAUAACAAAGGGACAGCAGAAGCCAUUUGUAGAGAAAUAGGUGUCUUUGGCCCUGAUGAAGACAUCAACUCAAAAAGCUUUAUAGGAAAAGAUUUCAUGCUUCUUCCUGAUAGACAAAACAUAUUAAGGCAAAAAGGUGGGCUUCUUUUCUCAAGAGCAGAACCAAAGCACAAACAAGAAAUUGUAAGGUUACUGAAAGAAGAUGGUGAGGUUGUAGCAAUGACAGGUGAUGGGGUAAAUGAUGCCCCUGCAUUGAAAUUGGCUGACAUUGGAAUUGCCAUGGGCAUUUCUGGGACAGAGGUAGCAAAGGAAGCUUCUGAUAUGAUUUUGGCUGAUGACAACUUCAGCACCAUCGUUGCUGCAGUUGGUGAAGGACGAUCUAUUUAUAACAACAUGAAAGCCUUUAUAAGGUAUAUGAUAUCGUCCAAUAUAGGUGAAGUUGCUUCCAUUUUCCUGACAGCAGCUUUAGGCAUUCCCGAAGGGUUGAUACCUGUUCAACUUUUGUGGGUGAAUUUGGUCACCGAUGGUCCUCCGGCAACAGCUUUGGGUUUUAAUCCACCUGAUAGAGAUAUCAUGAAGAAGCCCCCUAGGAGGACUGAUGAUCCAUUGAUCAAUGCUUGGAUUCUUUUCCGUUAUUUGGUCAUUGGGUUUUAUGUUGGAAUUGCUACUGCAGGAGUUUCCGUAAUAUGGUACACACAUGGAUCCUUCAUGGGAAUCGACUUGAGCGGUGAUGGUCAUACCCUAGUAAGCUAUUCACAGCUUGCUGAUUGGGGCCAAUGCUCGACUUGGGAGGGUUUCCAAGUUUCACCGUUUAAUGCUGGAAAUCAUAUAUUCUCAUUUGAUGAAAAUCCGUGCAAUUAUUUUCAAUCUGGAAAAGUAAAGGCCACCACUCUUUCGCUCUCUGUUCUGGUGGCAAUAGAGAUGUUCAAUUCACUUAACGCUCUAUCUGAAGAUGGAAGUCUUAUCACAAUGCACCCUUGGGCCAACCCAUGGCUUCUUCUGGCGAUGUGCAUCUCCUUCGGACUUCACUUCUUGAUUUUAUACGUUCCUUUCCUUACUCGAGUGUUUGGAAUCGUACCCCUCAGCUUCAACGAGUGGCUUUUAGUCUUGGUGGUUGCUUUUCCUGUGAUCCUAAUUGACGAGAUUCUUAAGCUUGUCGGGAGGUGGAGGAGUUCAUCCCAGCUUGGGAGAUCAUCAAAGAGGCUCAAGAUCGAUUGAUAAUGGAAAUUUCUAGCCUACUAACACGUAUAGUCUUCCAUAAUUUUAUUAUUCACACACAACAUGAGACAUGCCAUGCUUAGAAAUGAAGUUUUCCAUCAAAGUUCAACAUGAGGGAUUCUGAAUUUUCUUGAGGCAGACGAUGGAAACUUACAAUGAAAUUUAUAUGUGUGCUUCUUUCGGUGUC